CACGGACCCGAUCUCCUCGCCAGCUACCGCCUUUGCCAACACACGAGUUUCAAUUUAUAUCGAGCGAAAAACGUAGACAGCCAUGCCUCCUUCCCACCAAUACACCCACAGCCAAAGCCACUCCCAUCACAUGCCCCGCCAUUCCAUCCUUCCCUCCUCGGCGGCUCCUUCCAUGGGCUACGGCGGCGGCGGCAGCGGCAGCAGCAGCAGCAGCAGCACUACCAGCAUGUCCAUGGCCAAAACCCGGCAGUACGCCAACCUGCACGCGCAGCUGGCGCAGCUGAACAGCCACCUCCGCGACACGGAGAACCUGGUGCGCAUGACGGCCGUCCAGGCGGAGGACAUGCGCUUCCUGGGGGGAUAUGUCGGGGCCCUGUUUAUGGGGUCGGCGAAGGUGUUGGGUGAGGAGGGGAUUAUCAAGACUGAAGGUGGUGGUUCUGGCUCUGGCUCUGGUUCUGCUGAUGCUGCUGGGGCUGGUUCUGCUGGGGCUGGGGGCGAGAGUGACAGUGAAUGAGGAGUUUAGGACUUUGGUAGAGAAAGAGAG